AUGGGUGCCAGUUGUAACGAUCAAAGGAAAGCUGUUGCUAUCUGUUUGCAGAGAUCGCCAUGCGUGCUCAUCGAAAGAAACACUCCUAAGCAGUGCAUAGAAGAUCCUAAGUUGAGUAAAGAUCUACCAGAACUCUGUAUGGCACAGAUGAAAGCAUUUUUGGAUUGUAAGCGUGGUAUUGUUGACAUGACCAAAAGAUUCAGAGGCAACGGUGCGUUAUCUACGGGAAAGUACGAUGAGCAAUAUGAAAAGCUAUCUACCGGAGACUUCAACGCCAAGGAAGAGUAUGAGAAGUUGAAGUUACUAGAUAGUGCCAGCAAGAAUUAA